AUGCGUUCCUCCUUUACAGCACAGCAAAAGGGCAUGACACCUUCCCAUGGUCAAGCAGGUGCAUCGCGACCAGCAUCUCGAGCAGCAUCCCGGCUGAGCACGCAGUCGGGCACUCGCUGUCGCAGCCGAGCCGGCAGCGUUCACGACGCAAUCCCGGUGGCCGUCGAAGACGUCUUCUGCAACCCAAGGACGUUCUACGCGCACUCGAGCGAGCCCUCGCCCGAACCACUCGCCGAACAGCUGGCCUCCUCCAGCCUCGACCCUCAUGCAGACAUCACCGCAGCCUCGCAGCGCCUGAUGGCUGCCACCGAUACCCAGGCCCAAGCGGUCAAGCUCAUGACGCGCAGACAGCUCAGUGCCACAUCCAGUCCCAGCUCCCUCAUGGCGGUUUCACCCGCCAAGGAGCAGGAUCAGCAGGAGCACAUUUCCUUCGAGAGGAAGCUCUACAUGCGAUUCCAGGAGGAGCUCAACGCUGAAGAGUUCACCAAGUUUGAGCGAUGUAUCCAGCGCUAUGACUUUCUCGACAUCCCGCUCGAGGGUAACAAGGGCUUGAUCACACGUGUUAAGCGUCUCUUGCUCGUCUCGGAUCCCGAUCUGCGUUCCAAGCCUGAGAAGCUUCGUGUACGACAGCACCUGGCUCGCGACUUUGAAAAGAUGGCUAAAAAUUUUGGUCAGAAUCAAGGCACUCAGCAACAGCAGCAGCAGCCGUCGUCAUAA